UAUCCCAUCCUUCUUGCUGUCUGGUUGUGUUUCUUCAGGUGAAUCUCUGGUAAGGAUGUAGGUUACCGGGAGCAUUUUUGAAGGACCUCCAGAUUGGAGAGGCUAAAUAUUUAUAAAACACUCACAUUAGUCACAUCUUUUCUUCUUACCCAUAUCCCCUCCCUACAAGUCCCCCUACCUCCCCCGUUCUUAUUUAAAUUACAGGAUAUUUGACUUUCUCAUUUCCUGCCUUGAUUCAGUGUAACGGGUGAUGCUCAGCCCUGUACCCGUGUGAGUUUAUGCGUGAGAAAGACUGUGGAAUGUGUCAGCAGCGGCUGGUGGCAACAACGGACUCCUCUCCUCUGUAAACGGGUCAGACGGACAGAAAGAGCUGUUGUCUCUGCAUGGGAACCAGAGGAGAGAGAUGGGACAGGGACAAAGAAAUAGAAGUGUUAAAACAAGGAAACAGUUGAGAUCACAAUGGAGCAUGUGCAGCAGAUUUAAUAAAUGGUUGUUUUUGUUAUAGCAGCAACAUUUGUUUCAUCUACUUGGUAAAAUGUGCAGCUGCAGUUAGGGCUGCUCGAUUAUGGCAAAAAUAAUAAUCACGAUUGUUGUGACUUAAAUGGAGAUCUCGAUUAUUUAAGACGAUUUUUCAAUUUAUGUUGAUUUUAUUUGUUUUUAUUGAGUCAUAAAAUUGCUCAGGGCACAAUCAGGACAAAAAUAAAUAAGAAACAAGAUGAUCACUAAAAGAACUCCUGAUUCCCAGUAUAAAAAGACCAAUAUACUUAUAGCUCAUAGUCUAUGACCCAAUGGCUGUAGACCUUGGUUUAACUCAUUUAAGUCUAACCAGUACAGACCCAAAUACCAAUAUCUUGCAAAUACUGACAGCAAGAAUUAUACAAAUAAACAAUUAUAACAAAUAAAUGCAAAUAAAUUGAUGUUCACAAAAUGUUGCAUAACAUUUAUUGAGUCAUGUCAAGGUGCUGUAGGAGAGUGCACUAGCACCGUGUCCUCAGAGAGAUUAGUUAUUGUUUAUCAGCGUGAGGAACUAAUUUCUAUCUAUUUCUACCUUAUUUAUAAACUAUUUAUUUACAAGUCCAUCAGUUAAUGUAAUAAUUGUCCCAGCCACAGCUGCACCCCCCCAACCCGGUCUCACAGCAAUCAGGGGCAAGCUGCACGUGUUUAGCACGCCCUCACGCACACAUUUAGCCGUUUUUAGCGGCUCAGGAGUCCGCAGGUGCGGUGUGUGUGUCACUCACUCUGGUUACUCCAACAGGGAGCCGGCUCUGAGAGCCAUUUCUUUAGCGACCCACACAUCACUACAUCAUUCCCUUUCCUAAUGUCCUGAAGAACGUCCGGAGCGCAGGCGGAGUGUUUAGCUAACCUGCAGGAAAUGUCGACGACAGUUAUCCAGAAAGUAGCUAAGGGUUACCAGAGAUGUUUCUGAGGUGUUCGCUAGGUACUUUUAAGAUUUAAAAAGUCAAGAAGGGGGUCUGAAAAGCUGUUAGAAAUAGCGUCAAAGUCGCUAAGUUGGCAACACUGUAGGGAGGAGCGCUUCAUUUGCAACUCAGGGCAGCGCAAGUAGGAGGAGCAAAUAAUCGGCUUGUUUUGUUUGUAUAAUCUUUCAAAACUCAUAUCGUAAUCGUGAUUAAAAUUUGAUUAAUUGAGCAGCCCUAGCUGCAGUCCACGUCUGUGCAUUUCCUCAUAUUUCUGUGUAUGCCACUGACCUACAUUUGAAAGAACACUCUUUCCUUUUGCCUUGCUUUUGGCACCCCCUAGUGUGAGUUUUAAUUCACUGUUGUAAAAACAAAACUCUCCUCCUUGCGGUGCGUUUGUGUUUUAACACCUUAGUCUAGCUGCUAAAAUGUCUCAUCAGUCUUCAUUAGUUUCUACAAUCAAACAAAUCGGCUGUGUUCACGAUCUAAAACAUGCUGUAUGUCGGCUGUCAGUGCUAGCAUGUCGGCUAGCCACUUUAUAACUGACUAACAGAGUUCCUGGUAAACAACAUGACCAAGAUUCCUGAGAGGAGGAAUAUGACCACAGGGAAAGGCUGUAGCAAGUUGGCAAACCCAAAUGCAGAUUCAGAGAGGGCGAUCACACACCAGUAUGUUACUCAGGGGUCUUCAACAAUUUUUUUUUUACGGAAAGACUUCGUGAGGGCCAGAUGCUCUUUUAAAAAAAAAGGUAAAUGGUCUGUAUUUGAUACAGCGCCGUCUAGAGUCCUGGAACCCCAUCCAGCACGUUUUAGUGGUGUCUCUGAUUCAACACACUUGAUUCACCUGUGCAGCAGCUCAUCAGGCUCUGCAGAGGCCUGUUAAUCACCUGCUGAUUUAAAUCAGGUGUGAAACAGUGUUAAAACUAAAAAAUGCUGGAUACCGGCCCUCCAGACCCGGAAUUGAAUACUCCUGGUGUACGAGAAUACGAGGACCUCUGGUAGAGAAGAAAGCAUCAGUGACUGUGUGUUUGCCUGGUAAGAAGAAACGAUUAUGUGGGUAAUGUGGAAUAAAGGCUUCUGAAAUGAUGAGCAUCAGCAUCUUUACUUAAUGCAAAUUUUUUGUAUGUGAACAACAUCACAGCUUCAUAACAUCUUUUUUUAAUACGUUAGUUCUCUAUCAAGAGCAACACAGGCAGCAAAGAAGAAUGCAUUUCCUGAAAGUUCCCUUCAAAAUAAAAUACUUGCACAAAUACUAUUUCAGUGCUAACAGGACUGUGCUAACACUCCCGCCCGAUGACCAGAUGUUCAUCAACAAUAAUUAUCAUUACAUUACAGAAAAUAAUGAACUUCAUCACAAUAUGCACAUUUUUUUUAGAAGGACCUGUAAAGCGCCAAAUCACGACUAGUUGUCCCAAGACACUUAACACGGUAAACAUUCCAAUACAGGUCAGUUCAUUAAGCCAAUCAGUAACAAGUUUCCUAUAUAAAGAACCCAGCAGGUUGCAGCGAGUCACUGACUCGUGUCAGAGUCUUUACAGCAAUCCUCAUACUAAGCAAGCAUUUAGCGACAGUGGAGAGGAAAACUCCCUUUUAACAGGAAGAAACCUCCAGAGGUCCUAUGGACAAGCCUCCCCUGCUACAUGACCAUGUGAGGAGAUGGGGAGGCUUGGACUGAUGAUUGGUAAUUCUUUUUUUAUCCCCUUGUUUCUGUUGUCUCAAGUUUAAGUUCUGUAAUGAUUUAUUCCCUUUUGUAUAGACGAGACCGCUAGAUACAAGAGUCACGCCUGCAGGACAUGUUAGUAUCUAUUUGAAUGUAUUUGAUAUAGCGCCUUCUAGGGUUCUACGAACCCCCAAGGUGCUUUACAACAUGGUGUGUGUGCAAGUGUAACUUUACCCAUGCACACACACAUUCACACACUGGUGGUAAUGAGCUACAAAGGGUCUGGCAUACUUAUUUGGCUUUAUUCCACUUUUAUCAGCAUGUAUGAAGGAGAUGAGCUUGGACCCAUUCAUCUGGAUUUGUUGUCUGUUUGCAGUUCUCUCGAUUAUUUGGUUAGCAAGAAAUGCACACACCCUUCCACACCAGGCCCGUGGUGAUAACCCACUUGGAAUUCCCACUAAAUAAACGCUGUACGAAAGCAGCAGUUGGACUUAUGAGUUGUAGACUUUUCCCCACUUGGGCAUUUUUUUGGUGGACAUAUCAUGCUAUCUAGUGGAAAAAUUUUGUCAUUACCUCUUUAAAACACAUGCCUGGUCUGUUUGGUGUGCUUAAUUGUUUUUACUCAGUUUGUUUGCCACUAAAUGUUGAGAUUCUGGAAAUGCAUUUUGCUGUUUGUAGAGAGAAAAGGGGCUCUGGAAUAUUGUGUGAUCCUUUUAUUGGGCAUCAUGGCAGUAUGGUGUAAUCUAAACAUGUCACCUCGGCGUAGGGAUGGCGACGAGUACAAGUACCACGAAAUGGUUUCAAUGUUUGUUAAACUAAACUGGAUCACUCCGAGUCACUGGAGAUUUACUGGCCAUCUUUUUGUUUACAUGUGAAUCACUGAGUGAAGUAAAAGAAGGCGGAGCCCUUAGCCAGGAAACCUAUAAAGACAAAAAAAACUUGUGUUUCAGGUCUGUUCAGGUGAGCCAAGAGAGCUGGCGGGUGUGUGUGUGUGUGUGUGAGGGUUUAUUUUUGUGUACCUGUUAAUCUGAUGGUAGCCUUUCUGUAAUCCAAGCGCUGUGCUGUAGAAACCAGUCUUCACGUUCAGUCGGUCUCUGGGGCUUUCUGUUGAGGAGCUAGCCAUUCUGACACACCGCUUGGGGGGAACGAGGACUUGUUCGGCAGCAGACAUGCCUGCCCUGGCCAAUGGAGCCAGCCAGGAGCCAGUCUUGUUCGAGCUGCUGGCAGCCCUGCCCUCCCAGCUUCAGCCCCACCUUAGCCACCCUGAGGACAACGCCUUCCUCCGGGGUGUGUUGGGGGAGAAAGGUCUUCGCUCACUAGUUAAGAUCCAUGAACGACUGAAAAACUUUGAAGCGAGCAAACCCAUCCCUGUCCUGGAUACUACUGCAGCUUUGGCCCGUGAAAGUCUUUUGUUAGUGCAUGACACAGUUGCCAAGAAGGGUUACGACCCUGAACUACCUCCUCUACCCGACGACAUAGAUGACAACGAGGAUUCUGUGAAAAUUAUAAGGCUGGUCAAGAACAAGGAGCCUCUUGGAGCUACAAUACGGCGGGAUGAUCACACGGGAGCCAUCAUUGUGGCACGCAUCAUGAGAGGAGGGGCAGCAGACAGGAGUGGUCUCAUUCACCCUGGGGAUGAACUGAAGGAGGUCAAUGGAAUCCCUGUGGAGGACAAGAAACCAGAAGAAAUCAUCCACAUUCUGGCCCAGUCCCAAGGAGCCAUCACUUUUAAAGUUGUACCUGGCGUGACAGAAGAUGGACCCGUCAGGGAGCCAAAGGUGUUUUUGAAAGCUCUCUUUGACUAUGACCCCAGUGAAGACCGUGCCAUCCCAUGUAUGGAGGCUGGACUGGCCUUCAAGAAGGGCUCUAUCCUUCAGAUUAUGAGCCAGGAGGAUGCUACGUGGUGGCAGGCCAAACAUGAGGGGGAUGCCAAUUCCCGUGCUGGCCUAAUCCCAUCCAAGCAGUUCCAGGAGAGGAGAUUUGCUCUACGACAGCCAAUUAUGACUCAACUGCACCAGCGGAGCUUGAGCAGGCAACCAUACGAGGUGGCUGUGGAGUCCGAAGAAGCUGCUUAUUUUAGCGGAUUCCACAUAGCUGGUUUCAGAAAAAGUUUUCGUCUAAGCAGGAGAGACAAGAAAACCAACAAGUCCAUGUAUGAGUCCAAAAAGAGUGAAAUGUAUGACAUGGCUGAUGUGCCCACUUAUGAAGAGGUGGCCCCCUACCGCAGACAGAGGGGAGCUAAACACAGACUGGUGGUUCUAGUGGGACCCACAGGUGUUGGCUUGAAUGAACUCAAGAGGAAGUUUUUGAUAUCUGACCCCCAGCAUUACAGUGUGACCAUUCCACACACCAGUCGGGCCAAGAGGACCCAUGAGACCGACGGUGUGGAGUACCACUUCAUCUCCAGACAUCUCUUUGAGACAGACAUCCACAACAGCAAGUUCAUUGAGUACGGUGAAUACAAAGGAAAUUACUACGGGACCAGUCUGGACUCGGUCCGGUCUGUCCUCUCCAAGAACAAAGUUUGUUUAUUGGACGUCCAACCUCAUACCAUAAAGCAUCUGCGGACCGCUGAGAUGAAGCCUUUUGUUGUGUUUGUGAAACCUCCGACCAUCGACAGGUUGAGGGAGACUAGGAAAUCGGCCAAAAUCAUAUCGAGCAAAGAUGACAAAGGCUCCGCUAAGUCUUUCACGGAGGAGGACUUCCAGGACAUGAUGAACACUGCCCAGACGAUGGAGAGUCAGUAUGGUUAUUUGUUUGAUAAGGUGAUAGUCAACGAUGACCUCUCCACAGCCUUCAAUGAGCUGCUGCUGGCGCUGAAGAAGGUAGAGACACAGACUCACUGGGUUCCAGUCUGCUGGACUCACUCCUAAGACCUCCUCUGAAGAAUUUUAGUAGCUGAACAUCAGCUUGGACUGGUGCUUGGAGGCCAGCGUGAAACGGAGCUCAGAGCGUUGCCCUGGGAUCAGCUGUGAUCUGGUUGGACUCUGAGGGUUUCAGGGGCGUGGACCAUCAUAGUGCAUCUCCGUAUUUAGGUCACUGCAGUAGAUCUGCAGGACAGCGAAGGAUAUCUGAGAGACCCGCUGAAGCAUUUACAGCAGUGAAUGUCAACUGGCGACCCGCGGGCCCCACCUGGCCUGUCAGACCUUUCCGCCCGGCCCUCUCAUUAUUACUGAAUCCUGAACAGAAAAAAAGCAUGACCUACUUUCUUUCUUCAUAAGAUUAAACAAACUGAUAAACAGACUUUUAUCAGAAAGGACUACAAACUCAGCUGUCAUUCAACAUUUUUGUAUUAAUUAGCAGCAGUUUUACAAUCUCCUCUUUUGCCCUUUUUACUAUUAGAGCGCAUAAUUACGGUGUCUCCACAAAAACAACACAACAAAUAAACUAUUUACAAGGUUGAUAGGCAGAGUCAACUAAAGGAAUUAUAAUUAGGGGAGGAAACAAGUUGAAUAAGUAAAGUUACAUGAAACGCUCCCUUGGAGAAAAUUAACUAAGGACUAGAACUAGAACGAGUUCCAAGCCAACCAGCGCCAACUCGGCCCCGCCCCUGCCUCCGCCAUUCUUUACCUGGCCCCGCCCCUCCUACACCCUCUCCCACCUGCAUUCAUUCAGCUAACAAUCUCACUUCAACCGGCAUGAUUAAAUAAACAUGCAGGAGAAUAUUUUGUGUCAGAAAAAAACUUUGUGGGUAUACCAGCAUCACCUCAUUGGCAAAUGUAUCAAAAAAAAUUCAAAUUCCAUUCUGGUCAUGUCCACACGUUUAUCUAAAAGCUUUAGUGCUGUGUAGAUUUCACAACCUUGGUGUAAACAGGAUAAUAAACACUCUCACUCACAACUAAAUUCAUAUAAAAUCCAUAACUUCUCUAAUAAUUACACAUCUAUUGGUCAUCUCCACUUUUAUAAUGAGAUCAUUUAAUUUCAAUGACUCAACUAGGGCAAAACAAUGAAGGCCUAUAAGCCACUCCCACUUUUGAGCCAGUUUCACACCAUGGCUCUAGGAUGUGAUUAUUACCAUGUGCCAGGUUUCGUGGAAAGCCAUUAAACUGCUAAAACGAUUUAGUGCUCCUAUUGGUGAAUCUGAACAAAAGUUGACACACGUGGCUAACAUAUUUCUUUCCACAAUCUCAUUUUUUAAUCUUGAAAAAUGGUGGAGGUUUAGUCACUUACGUUGUGCGCUAGCUAGCACAGUGAUUUAGGCGUUGUUGUUUGCACAAUUUUCUAUAUAUUUGUAAUUUUCCUCAUUACAUGUCCAUACAUCAUAUGCAUCACGUGUCAAGUUAAUUCUGCUAACCCUAAAACUAAGUUUUACAUUUCAUGCUAAAUAGCAAAAGAUCUAGUUAAGCAAAAAUGUGCACAGUCUUGAUCAAGUGAUGCAAAAUAAUCUAUCAAUAAAGGAACUGUUAAGAUUUGGUGGUGGGUGGGGGGAGGUAUGGGGGGUUAGGCCUAUUGAUUGAUAGUUAAAAUGUCGAAAGCUAACUCAUCCAAGGAUCAAAGAAAUAUCGAGUAUUUGGGUGUGGUUUAGGAGUUUUUCACUAAAACGCAUUGACCUUUGCUUCCGGGCAUGACUUUUUGAAUCAGAGUAGCAGUUGUGACUGCCAGGUCAGAAUUUUCCUGGCAUUCUCUGACUCUGCGCUCACGUAACAUUAGCAGAGAAUAAUAAUAAUAAUUUAUUAUUGUUAUUAUUAUUAUUAUUAUUAUUAUAAACAUUUAAUGAAAAACCUGGACAGCAACAAUAGGGUUGCCUGUCCUUCGGACUUGGAACCAUAAUUAAGCAGUUGUUGGCAAACAGCAUGCUUGAAACAUGACGUGAAUGGAGAGCAGAACUGCUUCACAAAUAUAAAGCCUAAUAAAUCACGGUCGUCCCCUAGUGGUUUGGGUUAGUAAAGGAAAUAUGAACAUAAACGCUGACAAAUGUUUAAAAAAACUGAAAUUUGGAAUGAGCACUAAUAUAUAGAAUAUUAAAAUACAAUAAUAAAUGACAUUUAUUUGAGAAGAGCACCUGGCCCUCAGCGUCUGCUGGAAUAAACUCUGACCCAAAUCUAGUUGAAGACCCUGGUUUAAGUUAUUGUUCAGAAACACAGCAGAGAGACGACAUGACACACGUCUGACAUUCUGAGCUUCCUCCACUUUUACACCAGUUGAACACUGCCAGGCAGUUUGAGAGCAAUGGUCAUUUUCUUUUUAAACAAAAUAUUUUAUAAUAUUCAGGACCAUGAAACCUGAAGGAACCUGGUUUUCUAUUUUUAUUGUAGAAAAAUCUGUUUUCACCGAAGAGGUUUAAGUUUAUCAUCACAACUUGUUUUUUUUUUCCUUUCAGAUCAUGUAAAAAGUUAUUUUCUUCUAAUUUUGUUUCUCCUACUCUGUUAUAGAGGUGUCCCAGAGCGGCUCUAGUUGUGUGUAUGGGUCUCGGUGGCUCCACCACACUUACACACAUGCUCCUGAUUUUCUAAACAUUAGGAUUUUGUUGUCUGACUCACAUUCUUCGUUGAGAUUGAUUUGGAGAGUUUAACUUCUUUUUCCCCAGGUUUGGUCGUCUGAAGCGAACAUGAUGAUCUACAGAAUUAUAAACAUGUUUAUGAAACAUCAAGUUACUAUCUAAGCUUCAAACUGAGAUAUGCUUUUGUAUUUCCAGUUUAACGCUAAGCUAAGCUAUUGUUUUUGGGCUCAAGCUGCAGUGCAUAACCUAAAAACUAACCAAUGAUGUGGUGCUGGCCUCAGCGAGGCCAUGCUUUAGGAAGCAAACAGACCUUUUUAAGGGGAAUCUGAUGUUCAGGUAAAACCCCUCAUCCCAAGAUUUUACGAUAAAUUAUUUCUUUGUUUUAAGGUAACAUCAGGGUUUUUUGUAUUCCCUUUGGUCAGAUCUGUAAGUUAUUUCUAUAAAAGGGAUGGCGUGUGAAUUUACUCCAUAUUUCAGAUUCACUCUUUUGGUUGUGUUUUAGGCAGUGACUGAAACAGUUGAUGAUAGUCAUGGAACAAAAUAAAAGAUUUUUUAGGA